CCGAGACGAUUAGUCUCGCGGUGACCGUCCCGCCGAUCGGUUCAAGUUUUCGGGUUUCAGGGAAAAGUUAGCUUCCAAAUUGCUUCCAGAGGUUGCAAGUCUCGUUCAAGUGUUGUGCUACAGGAAGAAACGGAUGGCACGUUUAAGCGCCAAGUGAUUAUUGAUUCCCGCAGUCCUAAUUCGGCAAAAGACCACCCAACCAACAACGACGGCAUAAGAUCGUUUGAGAGAACAAACAGUUAUUUAAUUCACCUCUGGCCCUCAAAACAGGAAAGUGACUCAAAAAAUAGUGAUCAAAACAGCCGUUCAAAUGUGUGCAUCACUAGAAGUGAGUGAGUGCUAUUAAGAACUAACGAAAUCGAAAACCGUUAAAUCAGCGAGAGAAAUUUAGUGUACAAUUCCUACAGCGAGUGUUCAAAAUGGCAAAAUCAGGUGAAAAAGUGAACCCAAGCAAGGGUACGAGUACGCCCAAGAAGAACAGCACCUGGACCGAGAAGCUGCGCUAUUGGAAGGAAAACAUCACGGUGGAACCGAUAGUGGCCUGCUACAUCAUGCCCAGUGUGCUGGCCGGGCUGGCAACGCAGAACCUGAACCUGGAGAAAGCCUGUCGGGUUAACCUGGACUACGGGGAUGUAGUUUGUGAUGCGCUGACUCGGAGAGAUACAGCCAAUUAUACGCAUGAGGAAGCGAUGGUCCAGCAGAUGGUGGCCCGGAUGGCCGGCUGGAAAACGGUGCUCCAGAGUGCGCUACCCUGUCUACUGAUCCUGUUCUGGGGCUCGUGGAGCGAUCGCCAUGGACGGCGGAAACCCUGCAUACUUAUUCCGAUCAUCGGGGAGUUUGCAACGGCCGUCGGGCUGAUCCUGUGCACCUACUUCGAGCGACUUCCGAUGGAGGUGGCCGGCGUCACGGAAGCUCUCUUUCCGGCGCUGUCCGGCGGUUGGUUUACCAUGUUCAUGGGGGUGUUCAGCUACAUUGCCGACGUGACGACAACCGAAGAGCGCACCCUGAGGAUCGGGAUCGUGAAUCUGUGCUUUUCGCUGGGUGUUCCCAUCGGGAUGGCUUUUAGCGGAAUUUUGUUAAAAAAAAUCGGAUUCUACGGGGUGUUUUCCAUCUCGGCUGCCCUGUACCUGUUCGCGUUCUUUUACGGGGUGAUUUUCCUGAAGGAAACCAACGUCCGCAGCUCCGAGGUUAGCGAGAAGGAUCAGUUGCGGUUGCAGGAGAAGGGCUUGCUCGCCGAUUUCUUCGACAAGAAGCACGUGGUGCAAACCUUCCGGGUGGCGUUCAAGAAGGGCGAAAACCAACGGCGGCUGCGGGUCAUUAUGCUCAUGAUUGUGGUUAUGGUCGUCAUCGGUCCGAUGCACGGUGAAAUGUCCGUCAUCUAUCUGUUCACUCGAUAUCGGUUCAACUGGAGCGAGGUGGAGUUUAGCUUCUUCUCGACGUACGGGGUGCUUACCGGUCUGGUGGGGACACUAUUUUCGGUUGGCGUCUUUUCCCAUAUGCUCAAGAUUGACGAUGCCCUUAUCGGGGUGAUGUCCUGUAUGAGCAAAAUCCUGUCCAGCUUCGUGUACGCCUUUGCCGCAACCACGUGGCAGCUGUAUUUGGGUCCCAUCGUGGAGAUGUUGAACGGAACGUCGUUCAUUUCGAUGCGCUCGAUCGCAUCAAAAUUGGUUGCCAGUGACGAGCUGGGCAAGGUGAAUUCACUCUUUGGAGUUGCCGAAGCGUUGAUGCCGUUGGUAUACGCCCCGAUGUAUACAACGCUAUACGCAGCAACAAUUGACUCACUACCGGGCGCAUUCUUUUUGCUUGGCGGGGCACUGACAGCACCAGCAGUCGUUAUCUUUAUGUGGAUGUACGGUGUUCACAAACGGGAAGAGCGAACACUAGCCGAGGACGCCAAGCUGAAGGAUAAGUAUAACAAAAUUGCCGACGGCAUGGAAAAUGGAUCCGCCAUCAACGGUUGCGCGACGGUUUCCUACGGAACGGUUCAUAGUGCAGCGGCCUACGUACCAGCGACCAGCGAAUGGACACCGGUAACGUUGGUGGCCAAUCGAGAUGAAACGGCACCGGUAGUUCCUUCGGCAGGUGUUCUGCGGGUGCGAAAAUCUCUGGAACACGAAUGUGGUGUGGUUAAUGACGGGUUCGAAGCUGACGAUGCUGGUGUUGAUCAAAGCGAGAAGAAGGGAAAUCUCGAAAAUGAUCGAACUGCAGAGCAAACGAAAUGACGCAAACUGUGAUUUGUUAAUAAAUGUAGUGUAUAUUAGUGUUAAGUGUUACCUGACAAAAGUAUUUCUAAAUAAAAAAAAUUACAAAUAAUUCUUGCAGAAAUGGACUUCCUGUAGCAGUAUUGUUUCAACUGAUUAUUCCUUAUUUUCUAUAGUAAAGAUAAAAUGAAACAAAAAUAUUUUUGUUACAUUUCCACUCUAGGAUUGUUCGAUCUUCUGGAAAAGAUCGAUUCAGCUGGAGGGUUCCAGGAGCGUUCCUCCUAAAUAAUCGAAGCAAAAGGAUUGAUCUCUGGAAGAUCAAUGUUUAAAUUUUGGUCUAAUAGGAUGCAACACGAGGGUUGCUGAAGUAAAUAGUAAAAAACGAUAGAUAAAAAAGGGGGAUUAGUAAUGAAAAAUAAUGUGAAAAAACCACUUAAUUGGAAUAACUUGCACGAAAGCUUGUAUGAAACAAUAUUGCAUACUGUAUGAUGGCACAAAUCCUAUAAAUCAA